CAAAAAAUUAGAAUAAAAGUAGAAAUCAAAGAGAACGACGGAGAAUUUGUGAAAAAGUGCAAAUAUUCGUAAAGAUAAGAAAAUACAUAAUUAAAUUUACCAAUUGUGCUUAGCUAACUAAAGUUUAUAUGUAAAAAUAAAUGAAAUCACUACUUUAGAGAGAAUUAAUAAUUAAAUUAUAAAAAAAGAAGAAUGAAGAAGCCAAUAUAAGUGCAAAGAAAAUGUGAGAUACAAGUAAAAAUUCCCCAACAACAAAUGCUGCAAUUUUACAAAACAACCGCGGCAGCCGCGCCCCCAUGCCCACUUGCUAGACAACUAGUGAGAAUUAAAGUGCUAAUUAAGUGAUAUAUAAUAUAUGUAUUUCAAAAAAAAUAAAAAUUUACAUUAGUACUGUGGAUACAAAAAAUCAAGACAACUCCCAAAUAGUGAAAAUAGCCGCCCUCACGUAAGCCUUUUACACCAGCAAAAUAACGUCACAAACCACCUUACACUUAGCCGGAAUAUGGCCACGCAACUCGAUCCGAAUGUCAAGGAUGACCUUAAGACGCAAUUUGUAACACGUGAAGGCACAUACCGUUUAUUAACAUUAUCCGAAUAUUCUCGACCAAAUCGCGUUGGCUAUACGAAUAGUCAAAGUUCGCCGCAAGUACGUGUCUCAAUUGUUUCACUGCCAAAUCCUACUAGUGGGGGUGGCAAUGCUAACGUGAACGGUAAUACAACCUGUACAAAUGGACCAAUAUCAAAUGGCAAUUCAAGUACUUCGAAUGGAAGUGGCGAUAACAGUUCUGUGACUGCAACUACAAUAAAUAGUCAACAAUCAAUGUAUACGGUACCAGCAACAAUGGAUGCGCGCCUAGGUGCUGGCAUAUCAAUGCACUCAAUGAUGAUCAAUGGUUCCGGUGGAAAUGAAUCUAAUAUAUUAAAUCAAAUAUAUGGUGGUGAUAGAAUAUGUUUUAAUUUCGGUAGAGAAUUAUAUGUUUAUGCGUUUCGUGGUAUAAAAAAGGGUGAAAUGGGUAAACCCAUUGAUAAAAAAUUUUAUAAAGGCACCAAUCCCAGUUGUCACGAUUUUAAUGCAUGUUCUGCUACACCUACGGGUGCGCCGUUAUUAGUUGGUUUCACCACAGGCCAGAUACAAUUGGUUGCACCACAACCGGGUCCACGAGAAUUACGUAAAUUAUAUAACGAAGAGCGUCUCAUUGACAAAACCAAAGUGACUUGUCUGAAGUGGUUACCGAACUCGCCCAACUUAUUUCUAGCUUCACAUGCGUCAGGAAAUUUGUAUUUAUACAACGAGGACCUACCAUGUACCGCUGCAGCUCCUAACUAUCAACCUUUCAAAAUGGGCGAUGGAUAUACAAUACUUACCUGCAAAUCAAAAUCGACGCGUAAUCCAUUGUACAAAUGGGUCUUCAGUACAGAUAAUUGUUGCAUCAACGAAUUCUGUUUCUCUCCAUGCGGUUCUAAUUUAGCGAUAGUUUCUCAAGAUGGUUUUUUACGUGUAUUUCAUUAUGAUACUAUGGAGCUACUAGGAAUUGCGCGUUCGUAUUUUGGUGGUUUUUUAUGUGUUUGUUGGUCGCCAGAUGGUCGGUAUAUUGUGGUUGGUGGAGAAGAUGAUUUAGUCACAGUUUGGUCAUUACAUGAACGAAGAGUGGUAGCACGUGGUCAAGGUCAUCGCUCGUGGGUAUCAGUUGUUGCGUUUGAUCCUUAUACAACCUCCUAUACAAAUUGGGAUGGUGGUGACUUUUCAGAUGAUGAAAAUCAACCACAUGACUUUAUGAGUAGUCGUGAUCCACGGUUUUCAGGUGAUUCAUCUGGCAACGGAUUUGAUUAUAGUAGUAAUGAAAAAAAUUCAACACCAACACAUGUACGUCAGCGACCACAUUCAGCAUCGUUUCGAUCGGACACAUCAUCGAGUGCGUUAGCGCCAGACAAAUUAGCAAUUAGCUACCGUUUAGGAUCUGUAAGCCAAGAUACACAAAUAUGUCUGUGGGAUAUAACGGAGGAUGUAUUAAGGCAUCCGUUAUCUUUACGACAACGGCUUAAUAGCGCUAAUUUAAAUGAUACAAGUUACAUGAAUGGUGGUGUAGAUGCAGACGGUAUAAAAGUUAUACGACCAGUAGCUGUAGGCAACACUUCUGGAACUUUCCCACCACCGCAACAUGCUAGUAGUCCAACAAAGGACAAUGCAGUGACUGAAAAUAGCAAUAGUAGUUCUAGUAAGUUUUCCACAGCGAAUUGUACAAUAUCCUCACACUCGUCUAAUGCGAACACACCUCCAGAAGAACCCACGUCCAGUAAUAUUGGUAAAUCGAAUACAACUACAAAUAAAACAACAGGUACAGGUAAUACUAUUAAGUUCCCGAACUGUAUAAGCGUCACUAAAUCUGAUUCCAUCGAUGGUAAUCAAAUUAAAAGUAGUACCAGCACAUCGGGUUAUAACAGCAAAACUUCUAACAGCUCCACUAAAUCAUCCGAUUCAGGAUUAUCUUUUAAUAGUCUAACGCAGCGCCUUUCUAAUUUUAGUUUCCUUAGUAGUUCGGAUAAGAAAUCAUCCGGCAUAGAUGUCUCACAUUCGUCAUCCUCACAUCGCAAUAAUCGUAAAACUAUGAGUUUACUCAAAUCUUACAAUCACAACAGUAAUAGCAGUAAUCAUCAUCAGCAUAAUAGCAACAGUAAUAGUAUUGCUAAUUCUACAACGCUGGAACAUACUAGCAAUACUAGUAUGGGAAACAGUGUGACAGCACAUAGUUUUGGUUCGCUAAAACUUGGCAAAUCUUCGACGAAUACCCAUAAUACGUCUAUAGCAAAUGCUACGCAAGGAAUAGUUAACUCAUAUGAUCCUAUGAAAUUAAUUGGUACACCUGCAUGUCCGCGUUUUGAUGAAUGUCCUUUAUUGGAACCACUUGUUUCCAAAAAGAUAGCACAUGAACGAUUAACUGCGCUUAUAUUUCGUGAAGAUUGCUUUCUUACGGCUUGUCAGGAUGGUAUCAUCUAUACAUGGGCGCGACCCGGUUAUGCUUCGAAUAUACCACAGCAUUUGUCACCCAGUCAAACAGCGCCUCCCGGCGGUACGGUAAUAUAGUUCGAUAAAAUUAAUUUUUAUAAUUAUCAAAAGAAUCUGACUAAAAGAGAAACUUCGAACGCAAAUGAAUAAACAAAAAGUUAACGUUAGAUAUCGAAGUUAAUAAAAAUAUUCAGUAAAUAUUUAAGGGUAAAAGCAUAGAAAACAAGAGAUUUCAAUGUUAAAUCAUUUAAAAUGAUUAAUGC